AUGUUUGUGACGGUGUUUACACAAGCGGCCAGUUCCAACCGGACAAAUGCCAAGUCCUGCGGUCAAUUGAUCAGUAGGAGUUUCUGGAGAAGAGAAGAGCGUGUGCCAGUGAACAUCUCCUCGGGAGGUGUCAUCGAAUCCCUCAGGAGGCUGAUCGAGCUUCUUCGUUUGCAAUACAAGUGGCUUGGUUGGCAUUGUAGACAUAUUUCCAAGAGUGGAGCUCUUGAAUAUAUAACUACCGAUAAGGAUUUUAUCGAGAAAAAAACGGGGAGACUUCUUCCUAAAGCGGACAAUAUAUUCAUAAAACCGUUUUUGAGAAUGAAUGUCUUGGUGUGUUCACUACGUCCAUGUAUUAUUUGCCUAGGUUCAAACCCCAAUGUGCCCGAUCAGUUUUUCUGUCUUUUAGGAGAAGGGCCUGGACCGGGAGAUGAAGCACGGGGAGUGGUGAUGUCGAUCACCUCGACCGAAUCACCCGGCUUCCCAAUAAUCUCAGGAGGUGGUAUUGGCUCCAUCUGUAGCAUGUCGAUGAUUGACGUUUGCUGGGGAACGGAGGCCAGUGCUGGUGUACCAGGGGUUGCUGGGGUGGAAGCAAGGCUUUCGCGUUUUUUCUUCAAAAACUCUUUGCCAUUGUAA